AUGGAGGCCCCAGAAGAUGACGACGUUGAAUCAGAUCCUCCAGAAGCCGAGCGCAAGACGUUUGCCAGCAGCUUGACGAGCCCAAUUGUGACUUUGCUAGUUGGCAAAGAAGAGCCCACGCUGCUCACGGCGCACCAGGCAUUCCUCGUUCGAAGCCCGUACUUUGAGGAUAUAUGCGGCAAGUUUGCCGAGGACGGUAGCCCUCGCCAUAUCGAGCUCCCUGACGAAGACAUCGAUGCCGUCGGCUGCUUCCUCGAGUUUCUCUACACAGGCGAAUACUUCCCUCGCAAGCUGUCAGGCCAGCGAUCACUCGAGAACGACCCCAGUGUCCCCGCCAUCGACGACUCGGGCUCCCAGCUCCUUAAGCAUGCAAAGAUCUAUACACUGGCUCAGAAAUGGGGCGUCUCUUCUCUCCAGACGCUGGCAUCAUCCAAGAUUCACUGCAUCAACUCAACAGUCAAGGGAGAGAUCGAAUAUGCGCGCUACGUUUACGCCAACACCGCCAUCGAUGAUACAACCAUUCGUGCACCUGUGGCCAACUUCUGGGCCACCAGGUCGCAUACGUUGCGGUCUGAGGCCGAAGAUGAGUUCAAGGCAUUGUGUCUGGAGUUUCCGCAAUUUGGUUUCGAUAUUUUGACUCGUGUUUUGGACGACAAGCUCAAGAGAGAGCGCAACGAAAAGAUGCAUCCUUCCACUGGCAGCGUUCGCAAGCGCCCUCGACACGGCAGCGGUGGUGCUGCGUAA